CUCAUUCGUCACUGAGUCUGAGAUCAGUUUCUUUACUGCGGUGGCUCCACAGCUCCUCCUGCUCUGGUUCUAGGAGCUUGGUUCUCUGUUGUUGGUUCUCUGUUGUUGUUUUGGUGUGUUUGUGGUUCUCUGUUGUUGUUUUGGUGUGUUUGUGGUUCUCUGUUGUCGGUCAUGUGUUUGUUGGGUCUCUGUGGGUCUCAGUGGAACCAGAAGUGUGGGGUCCUCUGCAGCGGAUCAGAACCUCAUCAGUCGUCACCAUGACUCCAUUAUUUCGUCUGAUUCAUGUGAUCAUCGGGUUCUGUUUAGAGAACUUCUUCCUCCUUGAUCAUCUGCUGUCAGAGGAACCGUCACUCCUCCAACUUCAAGAUGAGACUUUCUUCAAGGUUCUAGUCUGUUAGUUUGAGACAGGAGCAGAACCGGGUCUGUUUCUGCUGGUUGGUGCUUCGUCCCUCAGGUGUCCACUGACUCUCACAGCGUCUCACAGGAUCGUCCUCAGGCUGAGGGCCAUGCUGACCCACUUCAUCUUGUCCCAGUCCUCAGUCCUCAGUCCUCGGGCCUCAGGCUGGGACGGAGACGGGUGCUGGGGCCCGGGACGAGGCGUCCUCAGUGAGACGUGGGUUUUCACAUCCCGUCGCUCAGAGGAACAGAAACCAGAGCGAGUCUCGGUCAGCUGAUCGCUGGAGGCCAGGACUGUCCCUGGUCUUCAGGCGCUGCCAGUCUGUCUCUUCACACUGAUCUGAGCUCGUUAGCCGUUAGCCGUUAGCCUCAUCAACAGGCGCUGCUGAUAUGAUGAGGUAUUGAGCAGAUCCUUUAAAAAGCAGAUAUUGAUUCACCCUUCAUGACGUUCCACUGUGAAGAUAAGGAUGUUCUCAGGAUCCUGACUCAGAGGAACCGGCCGGGUCCCGCUUCUCUUUGGUAUUAUUAUCAGUUUCAUGCUGUGGUUUAGGUUGAACUCAGACUAAACUUACUAGUUGUUACUUCAGUGUUACGACAGCCAGGACUUGUAAUUUGACACCAGCUUGAGUUUCUCAAAAUAAGGACAUCCUGUUGCAGCCGCUGGUUUCCUGUCGAAUGAGCUAUUUAAGGGUAUUGAACCGUCACCUCCAGCACAGCAGAUACCAGGAGGUCUGCUUUCUCUCCUCUGUCUGUGGAGUCAGUCCAUCCUGGAUCUAUAGACUCAGUGAAGACUGAGGGAAGGUUCUAGAAUCGAAGUCUUCAGAUAUUUAAGAUGCAGAAGAAGCCGAGCUCCUUCCAGCCUCUGAGGACUGACAUCAACAGUAAUCAGCUCUGAGAUCUGCCUCAGCUCAGCUCAGCAGCCUCAGCAGAGAACAACCAGAAGAGCCAGCUGCAGGCUGCCGACGGGCAGAUGUUCAGCCGCCAGCCGGGGUCAGCCGCACAUCCAUCCAGCUGCACAUCCAUCCAGCUGCACAUCCAUCCAGCUGCACAUCCAGCUGCACAUCCAGCCAGCUGAACAUCCAGCUGCACAUCCAGCUGCACAUCCAUCCAACUGCACAUCCAGCUGCACAUCCAGCCAGCUGCACAUCCAGCUGCACAACCAGCUGCACAUCCAUCCAGCUGCACAUCCAACUGCACAUCCAGCUGCACAUCCAUCCAACUGCACAUCCAGCCAGCUGCACAUCCAGCUGCACAACCAGCUGCACAUCCAUCCAGCUGCACAUCCAGCUGCACAUCCAGCCAGCUGCACAUCCAGCUGCACAUCCAGCUGCACAUCCAGCUGCACAUCCAGCUGCACUUCACAUCCAGCUGCACAUCCAGCCAGCUGCACAUCCAGCCAGCUGCACAUCCAGCUGCACAUCCAGCUGCACAUCCAGCUGCACAUCCAGCUGCACUUCACAUCCAGCUGCACAUCCAGCCAGCUGCACAUCCAGCUGCACAUCCAGCUGCACAUCCAGCCAGCUGCACAUCCAGCUGCACAUCCAGCUGCACAUCCAGCUGCACAUCCAGCCAGCUGCACAUCCAGCCAGCUGUACAUCCAUCCAGCUGCACAUCCAGCUGCACAUCCAGCCAGCUGCACAUCCAUCCAGCUGCACAUCCAGCUGCACAUCGGGCCUGCAGACCAGAGCUGGAACCAGAGAACCUCUGCUUUCCUUUGUGUGGAACCGAUGAAGGUUUCUGGACUGAGAGGUCGGAACCAUGAGGCCCGCCUCGCUCCUCCUGCUCUUCUUCUUCGUUGGUGUCAGUGAUGUUUAUGGAGGAUCCGACUUUCGAGUCUGUGCCUUCAAUCUACAUAACUUUGGAGAAUCGAAGUCGAAGAAGGCUGACGUCAUGAACAUACUGGUCAAGAUCAUCACUCGCUGUGAUGUGUGUUUGCUUCAGGAAGUCAGAGACAGUAAAGGAAAAGCGUUGCCGCAGCUUCUCGACCAAAUUAAAAGGUUUGACUCCAGACACGAGUACCGAGCCGUGGCCAGUGAGAGGCUGGGCCGGACCGAGUCCUACCAGGAGCAGUACGUCUUCGUGUACAGAGCGGACUCUGCUGUCCUCACCGAUCAGUAUCAGUACCCCGACGACCUUCCCGGAGACGUGGACGCCUUCUCCAGGGAGCCUUUCGUCGUCCGGUUCAGAGCUCCGAGGACGGCCAUCAAGGAGUUCGUCCUCAUCCCGCAGCACACCACUCCGACCAACACCACCAAGGAGCUGGACGCCCUGCACGACGUCCUGCUGCGGGUCAUGAAGAUGUGGAGGACGAAGAACGUGAUGCUUCUCGGAGACUUCAACGCCGACUGUGGCUACCUGGCCAAGAAGAACCGGAAGAACGUGCGCCUCCUCACGGACACCAACCUGGUCUGGCUGAUCCCGGAGGACACGGACACCACAGUGCGCUCGUCCACGUCCUGCUCCUACGACCACAUCGUGGUUCACGGAGACGCCUUCAGCAGAGCCGUGGUUCCCUCCUCUGCCAGAGCCUUCGACUUCCAGACGGAGUACGGCCUGACGGAGGAGCAGGCUCUGGAUGUCAGUGACCAUUACCCGGUGGAGGUUCUGCUGCGGGUGGAGAACCCCCGGGCGUCUGGUGGUGGACCCUCCCGGGCGUCUUCGCUCCAGUCCGUCUCUCUGGCCUCCUCGUGGAUCGUCGGCCAUCUUUUCCUCCACACGUUGACGUGCUGAGUGACGGAGUGUCAGUCCAGGACUGAGGGUCCAGGACUGGAUGUUCCACGCAGUACAGACGUUCUCUUCGUCACUUCAUCAGUCUGGAGCUCCUCAGACAGCUUCAUUAAUUUAUUGAUUUCAUGAAUCUGACCAGCAGCUCCUCUUUGUUUCUCUGAAACCGGAAGAACAUGAAGACUUCAGCCUCGGGCCUCCUGUUCUCACCACCUGUUCAGGGUUUCAGAGGGAUUUUGUUCUGUGACUUUUGUCCUGGAACCACUGCAGGGACACGAACCGAAGAUUGAGAAUCCCUGUAAUCACAUGUCUGUUUGAUCUGAGUCCGACGUACAAGCUGCCCUGUUUCACCUGGAUCAGCUUCACAUCUGCCUGCUGGGACUGGGGGUCCUGCUGGGACUGGGGGUUUAAUGAAUGAUUAAACUACUGGUUUGUAAAUGUUUCUGAAGUGUUUGUAUAAAGUGAGGAGCUGUGCUGCAUCUGU